AUGUUGGACCCCAUUCCAGUGUCUCCUUCUGGCCACGCCAGCCCACAAUUCUCCGAGAGAAUUACCUCGAAAUCGGUCGACCGUAUUAUCGAGACAACAAGCAUGAGGGAAGGUCGUUUGAGAACAGACCGAAGACUCAUGAUUUUACGCCGGACAACACAAGGAACAAGCUCGUUGAACAGUGUAGCUUCAUGGGAUUCACCUGUCAUUGGCACAGAUCAAGUAAUAAUGUUUUCUGCGUGGCAAAAGCUUUCCAAAGAAAAACAAUUCCUUUGGACACUCAUCUCUGGUGGCAUCGUAAUUGGGUCGGUGAUGAAAGUCGGCUUUUUCAAGAUCCAGAAAAACAUAUUGCUGGAGGCCGGUGCACGGGACCAACGAGACGGUCUGAAGCAUUUACAGGAGGCCAAAGAAUUCGCGGAGUGGAGCAAAAAAGACCGAGAAGCACGGCUUCCAAAGUUGACACCCGAGCAGCGUGAGCAGAUGCGGGAAUACUUAAAGAUUGUACAGCAGCAUGGUCUCACAAAAGGAAUGGAAGGAGCAGAAAACAAUGACUGCAACGGAUGUCCAGUCUUGAAACAAGGAAAGAGUUUUGCCAGUUCGAUGACCUCGGAUUGA